GCGCGGGAGGGCGCGCGUCUACGGCGGCCCCCUCCCCCCACCCCUCGCCGCGCCCGGCAGGAACCGGUAGCCAGGUUUGCUUCGGCUGCCGGGGUCCGUCGUCGUCAUGGACUCUCCGUGGGAUGAGCUGACCCUUGCCUUUUCUCGCACGUCUAUGUUCCCCUUUUUUGACAUCGCUCACUACCUGGUGUCUGUGAUGGCGCUGAAGCGUCAGCCGGGAGCUGUGGCAGUGGCACGGAAGAAUCCUCUUUCAAGCUGGUUCACUGCUAUGCUCCAUUGCUUUGGUGGAGGAAUUUUAUCCUGUGUAUUGCUUGCGGAGCCUCCGUUGAGGUUUCUUGCAAACAACACUAAUAUAUUACUGGCAUCUUCGAUCUGGUAUAUUACAUUUUUUUGCCCAUGUGACCUAGUUUCCCAGGGCUAUUCUUUCCUACCUGUUCAACUCUUGGCUGCGGGAAUGAAGGAAGUGACCAGAACUUGGAAAAUAGUAGGUGGAGUCACACAUGCAAAUAACUAUUACAAAAAUGGCUGGAUAGUCAUGAUAGCUGUUGGAUGGGCCCGAGGUGCAGGUGGUAGCAUUAUCACGAAUUUUGAGCAGUUGGUAAAAGGAGGUUGGAAACCAGAAGCUAAUGAAUGGCUGAAGAUGUCCUACCCUGCCAAGGUAACCCUACUGGGGUCAGUUAUCUUCACAUUCCAGCACGCCAAACACCUGGCAGUAUCAAGGCAUAAUCUUAUGUUCCUUUAUACCAUGUUUCUUGUGGCCACAAAGAUAACCAUGAUGAUUACAGAGACUGCUACUGCGCCUUUUGCUCUCUUGGAGGACGCAUUGAGCCGGAUGCUGUUUGGUUGGCAGCAGCAGUUCACACCAUGUGAAAAGAAAAGUGAAACAAAAUCAUCUUUUAAUGGUACUGGUUCAUCGACCUCAAAACCUAUAGCUGUUGCUUCAGAUACUGUUAAAAAGAAACAUACCAAGAAGACUUAGGAAAUUUACUGUAUGAGCUCUAAAGGCAGAAUUUUUUUUUCUUACCUACCUGACAGAUGGUGAUAAAUAUUUGUAUGUAAAUGAUGUGAAAUAAAGUUUAUAUAAGGAAUGGAGGUGACAAAAAGAAAGAACUUCUUUCUAUUUCAGGGGGAUUGUCUCUUUCUGGAUUGUAAUUUCUGAGUGUUACGAGUGUAUCAUGUGAAAUUGUUUUUCUAAGUUAUAUAUAAAAGAUUCUAUUGUGAUUAUUUUAAAAGUUUUAUAUUGAUAAAGGGGGCUUAAUUUUUUUCCCUAAUGUUAGAAAAAGUAAACUUGCUAUGAUUGCAAAUUAAUAAAAAUUAAAGCCUUUGUUUUAUUUAGUUAUUUUCAUACACAUUUUUUAUUUGAAUCUAUCUGAGCUUUAGUUCUGCAAAAUUAAACUUUU